UGUUGCAAUCUUCUAGGAACAAUUUUUAAACGUCAUCGCCUCUGCAUGUAUUGCGUGCCGUUUAUUAAAUUUCUUGGCUAAAAUGGUGGGCGCCCCCUUGGAACUCCGAUCACCGGUGGUACUGGACAGCGGUUUACACCAUGGAAAAAAAUGGCGGCUGGAUCGCCUACACGACAAAUGUUUACGUUUUAUGCAGCCAUCAGAGAUGAAGAAGUGUCGCUCUCCAUGGAAUCCCACACACGCUUAUGAGUACAGAAACUAACUGGCUAUACAUCUGGAGAUGACACUUUGGUUUAAAUGAAUUUACAAGCUCGGAAUGUGUCGAAAUCGGCCGCCUCAGCCUGCAUAGCAUAAACAGUGAAUUGAAUUUAUUGCGUAGUGCUGGACGAAUUACAUUAUUACGUCAACUGGGAUUGAAAUAUUUUGCAAAUUGUCAUGCCUAUAAGUACCACAGAGAGUAGAAAACUGAUUAUUUUGGCUCUACCCUUGGAAAUUGUGUCAUACAUUUUCAGAUUUCUUCCAGCGUCGGACCUGAAGUGUGCAUCACUUGUGUGUUAUCAGUGGUCGAAAGCAUCACAAGAUCCGAUCUUGUGGAGAAAUGUGUCUGUUAGCCUGGGAACAAGAAGAGAAAGAUUCUCCCAUUUGUUGGUCGAUAGUCUUGAGAGACGCUGUAUCCAGUAUUUGAGAUUCAAACACAUGUCAACGGCCGCUCAAAUUCUUCAAGUGUGCAAGCAACUUGGAUCAAAUCUGAAAGCUCUGUCGCUUCAAGGCUGUCGAUGUGUUAAUAACGCGUUACUUGAAGUACUGAGCACCUAUUGUCCUAAUUUGCUACGUUUGGAUUUAAGCCGUUGCAGACAGCUUGAAGUGGCAAAGAAUGCUGCCUGGCUUGACAACUGUGCAAAUGCCUGGAAGCACCUAACUGUCAUGGAUUUAAAUGCUUGUAAAGACGUAUCAGAUGUCUUGGUAUCAAAAAUCGCAGAUAUGUUGCCCUUUAUAGUGCAUCUCAGUAUUUCUGGCUGCAAGGGCAUCAGCAUUUCCACAUGGGAGAAGAUGGCGAAGAAGUUGCCAUCUUUAAAAUACCUUGACAUAAGUCGAUCUGACAUGACAGAUGAAAUGAUGCUAAAAUUCUCUCAGAUACCAGAAUUAAAACUUCAAGGAAUUAAUUUAACAGCUUGCAAGCAUCUAACAGAUAAUGGGGUAGUGGCACUCAUCAAAUGCCAGAACUGGCUGGAAGUCCUUAAACUGGCGUGUGUCGAGGUUACGAAUACAACACUGAUCUGCAUUGGUAAACAUAUGCAACGUUUAAGAGUACUAGACUUGAACAGCUGUAGACAACUAACAGAUGGAGCAUUAUCAAGUGUGAAGGCCCUAUUAAUCAACUUGCACUCAUUAAAUUUGUAUUCCUGUUACCAGCUAUCAAACACUGGUCUUGCUCAGUUCUUAUGCUGGACACAGGGGAAAAAUCACAACAUUCCUUUAAAAACCCUUGUGCUAAAUGGCUGCAGUUCUUUGUCUGAUGAACUAGUAUCACAGAUUUCCAGAGUCCUAUUCAACCUUCAAGAACUUGACCUCAGCUCUUGCCUUCAUGUAACUGACAUUGGAUUGUCUGCCAUUACUGGCUCGCUUGUUAACCUGCACUCACUGCGGCUCAGCUGGUGUGUCAACAUCACUGACAAUGGUUUGAUUGGGUUUGUUCAGUCUGAACAAAAUCUUGCUCAUGUCUGCCACAACAAGGAAAAGUGUUCCCAUGCAGAGAAAUUCAAGAAUGAUGUAAACAUUAAUGUAAAUCAGGUUCCUAAAGGAAUAAAAAACUUGGAAAAGCUGAAAAUUUUAGACGUUAGUCACUGCACAUGUAUCACAGAUGAGGGACUUAAGAAGAUUUGUCAGCUGAGGAACUUAACAUCACUGAACAUCAACAUGUGCACACAGAAGCUUGCCUUAUACCGUGGUCUGGACUUCGCUCUUCCACAGCCAGUUUCACCAAUGGAAAUACAAGCAACCUUUGAAAAAGCCUUCUGGAAACUAGAGCCGAAACUAAGCGAUGAGAACAAAGAAUUAGCAGCUGCAACGCUACGUUCUAUUGCCCUUACCUACAUCAAGAGGAAAGGCCCGACACCACCAAAAUCAAUGUUGAGAGCGAUAGGUCACCUAAAGAAGAGAGACGAUAUUGUAAUUACGCGACCGGAUAAAGGCUCGGGAGUCGUGAUCUUAGACAAAACAGAGUAUGUCAGCCUACUGAAGGAAUCAUCUGUUAGUGAUGAAACUAAAUUUAUACCCAUCAGUCUCGAAAGACCAAAAGCAAAAGGAAGACCUCCGAAGCAUUACCACCCACUACUUAAAAAGGAGAAGGAAUUGUCCCCCAUCGUGCAAAGAAUUCUUCCGAAACCCAUAGCCGACUCACUGAUCCAACAGGGUUCUAGGCUCGCACACCUUUAUGGUUUGCCAAAGACCCACAAGAAGAAACUAACGAAGCUUGCCUUAUACCGUGGUCUGGACUUCGCUCUUCCACAGCCAGCUUCACCAAUGGAAAUACAAGCAACCUUUGAAAAAGCCUACUGGAAGCUAGAGCCGAAACUAAGCGAUGAGAACAAAGAAUUAGCAGCUGCAACGCUACGUUCUAUUGCCCUUAACUACAUCAAGAGGAAAGGCCCGACACCACCAAAAUCAAUGUUAAGAGCAAUAGGUCAGCUAAAGAAGAGAGACGAUAUUGCAAUUACGCGACCGGAUAAAGGCUCGGGAGUCGUGAUCUUGGACAAAACAGAGUAUGUCAGCCUACUGAAGGAAUCAUCUAUUAGCGAUGAAACUAAAUUUAUACCCGUCAGUCUCGCAAGACCAAAAGCAAAGGGAAGACCUCCGAAGCAUUACCACCCACUAGUUAAAAAGGAAAAGGAACUGUCCUCCAUCGUGCAAAGAAUUCUUCCGAAACCCAUAGCCGACUCACUGUUCCAAAAGGGUUCUAGCCUCGCACACCUUUAUGGUUUGCCAAAGACCCACAAGAAGAAACUAGCAGUCCGUCCAAUCCUGUCAGCAACAAGAACCUACAACUACAAGCUUGCUAAGUGGCUUGAUGAAAAGCUAAAACCUUUGUCCGUCAACGACCAAACCGUUAAUGACAUCUUCUCGUUUUCUAGUGAUCUUCAUGAGAUGAAAAUCGACGAACAGGACAUUUUAGUGUCAUACGAUGUUUCGUCUCUUUUCACAAACGAUGCUGAGGGAUUACAUGAGAUAGCAAGCGCAUGCGCCAAUCAGGUUUUAAAGACUGAAUGUACGUGUUACCCAACAACACAGGGGUGGGUAGGAAAAUUGGGCAUGUAA